AUGGAGGGCGUAAUAAUUGGCUUCGCCUUCUUUCUUUUUCUUGCUCAGGAGCUCUUACUGUGCGCUUCAUCAGCUAUUGAUCGCACCCAGUUCCCUCCAGACUUCCUGUUUGGGACCUCUACCUCUGCUUACCAGAUUGAAGGUGGAUAUUUGGAGGGUAACAAAGGCUUAAGCAAUUGGGAUAUUUUCACCCAUACGAAAGGUAAAGUUGAGGAUGGGACCAAUGGUGAUACAGCUGAUGAUCACUAUCAUCGUUAUAUGGAAGACAUUGAAUUGAUGCAUUCCUUGGGUGUCAACUCAUAUCGAUUUUCCAUUGCAUGGGCAAGGAUUCUACCAAAAGGCCGCUUCGGGCAUGUUAAUCGAGAUGGUGUAGCAUUCUACAAUGCUCUUAUUGAUGCUCUUCUACAAAGAGGCAUAGAACCAUUUGUGACGAUAUCUCAUUUUGACAUUCCAUAUGAACUGGAAAAACGAUAUGGUGGAUGGUUGAGCCCCGAAAUUCGGAGGGACUUUGGUUACCUAGCAGAUGUAUGCUUCAGGAUGUUUGGUGACCGAGUAAAAUUUUGGAUAACGUUUAAUGAGCCAAAUAUGUGGUCAAAGCUUGGCUAUAUCUAUGGACGGUUCCCUCCUGGUCACUGUUCUAGGCCAUUUGGGAACUGUACUUUUGGAAAUUCUUCAACUGAGCCAUACAUAGCGGGUCACAACAUGGUAUUGUCUCAUGCAAAUGUGGUCAACAUUUACAAGAAAAAGUACCAGGGGAAACAAGGUGGCUGUAUUGGAAUUACUGUUCAAUUAAGAUGGUAUGAACCAUUCCGGAAUACCCCAACAGACAUCUUAGCUGUUGAGCGGGCUCUAUCUUUUGGCGCUCCAUGGUUUUUGGACCCCAUAAUUCUUGGCGAUUACCCCUCUGCGAUGCGCAAGAUCUUGGGUCCAAAUCUACCUGAAUUCACAUUGAAACAAAAGAAGAUACUACAGACAUCCAAGUUGGAUUUCAUUGGUUUAAAUCAUUAUUCAACAUAUUAUUUGAAGGACUGCAUCUCCUCAUCAUCACCAUGUGAAUUGGAUCCAUUUGAUGGGGAUGCCCAAAUUAGUACUUCAGCAGAAAGAGAUGGAAUACUUAUUGGUGAAAGGACAGGGUCGCCAUACAUUAAUACAGUUCCAUACGGGAUCGAAAAAGUGGUCAUGUAUUUGAAAACAAGAUACAAUAACACACCAAUUUAUGUCACUGAAAAUGGUUAUUCUCAAGCAAGCAAUAGCAGCAUGUCUGCCAAUGAUUUUACUAACGACACAGGAAGAGUCAAUUAUCUUCAAGGCUACCUCACCUCUUUAGCCUCAGCGAUAAGGAAAGGAGCCGAUGUGCGUGGUUACUUCGUGUGGUCUCUUCUUGACAACUUUGAGUGGAAUUCUGGAUACACACAGAGAUUUGGGGUCUACUAUGUCGACUACAAUACACAGGAAAGGACCCCCAAACUGUCAUCGAAAUGGUACCGUGAGUUCCUCAAGGGAUCACCCCUGAGAACAAGGCCCCGAAAUGGAAACUCUCACUAUUCUCCUCGAAAGAUUAGUGAUAUGUAG